GAGCCGGUACACCUGUGUAAGACUGAAGGGGAGGAGCCGGUACACCUGUGCAAGACUGAAGGGGAGGAGCCGGUACACCUGUGUAAGACUGAAGGGGAGGAGCCAGUACACCUGUGUAAGACUGAAGGGGAGGAGCCGGUACACCUGUGCAGGACUGAAGGGGAGGAGCCGGUACACCUGUGCAGGACUGAAGGGGAGGAGCCAGUACACCUGUGUAAGACUGAAGGGGAGGAGCCAGUACACCUGUGCAAGACUGAAGGGGAGGAGCCAGUACACCUGUGUAAGACUGAAGGGGAGGAGCCAGUACACCUGUGUAAGACUGAAGGGGAGGAGCCAGUACACCUGUGUAAGACUGAAGGGGAGGAGCCGGUACCCCUGGAGGAUGCAGGGGUGGUAGGGGCCCCGCGGCCCCCCCUGGUGUACUAGUAAAG